UGCUAUUUGAAGCUUAGGAACUAGUGAUAAUUGCUGGAAUAUUACAAAGGACCGCCGCCUUCGGACACCCGUUGCGAAAACCCCCGAUUCGUUGACUCACCGCUCCUCCACUAUAACAACGACAGCAACGCAUCUACAUACAUAAUCUCGUCUUCAAGCUCCACCUUCCUGAAGCUUGUGACAUACAGAUCCAACCACGGACACUCUUUUUCAUAUUCACAUUAUCGUAUCCAUGUCCUUAUAACGAACUUUUCCUUUUCACUCUUUCAGGACCACGCGUCCCAAAAACCGUUCACGAUUAUUUCACCAAUUUCAUUUGUUCUACAAAACUUUGACAUACCCUGGAUGAGCCUCUGACCUGUUAACGACCUGGAGUUAUUUGAUUUUCUUUUCCCAUAACCGGCAUAUUGUAUAUCGCUCCUGAUCUCUCAAUCAACUCGACCUCUUCUUUUACUUGGGUUGGCCAACUUCACUUAUCAGCUGUUUCUCUCCCAUCCAUUCUAUCCCAUCGCUUCCGGCACCUUCUAGCUCUACUCUUAGCUUUGUACAAGAACGCAAAAAAAGUUUCCGUUAGUUUCAAGAAGCAUUCAGAUACCCCUCAUAUUCCCUUUCCAAUUAGACAUCGGGCAAGGGGAAAGGAGUUCACUUGUACGAUCAGCUGCGGUUGUAUAAUCAACCGGUUUCUUCCUUCGUCGCUUCUCACUUAUUUGUCUCGCGUCGAGACAACGUCAUGGAAUGCUUGAGAAACCAAUUUCAAGAUGGCGUUAUACUCGACGGGAGGUUUCAAACAAUCGCCCCUCUUAAUCAUGGAUCCUUUGGAAUGGUCUUUACGGCCAGGGAUUUGCAGACCAAUGAACUCGUCGCUGUGAAGUGUUUGACCAAGAAGGCCGCCGCCAACGAGAUUGGGAUCGAGUUUGCUGUUGAUGAGAAUUCCGAAGAGCUUCUCUGCCAUCGCCGCCUAGGCGCCCAUCCAAACAUCGUCAAUCUAGUCCACUCGUUCGAAACGGAUGCUCACGUAUACCUCGUCCUCGAGUACUGCUCGCGCGGCGACUUGUACGAGGCUAUUCGCACCGGAUCCGGCCCCCUCGAGACCGAACAUGUGCGCCGAUUUAUGCUCGAACUAGUCGACGCUGUAUCUUACAUGCACUCGAAGGCUAUUUACCACCGAGACAUCAAGCCUGAGAACAUUUUCCUCGCCGAAUCAGGUGCAAUGAAGCUUGGUGACUUUGGGUUGGCUACUACGGACAAAUGGAGCUACGAGACGACAGUUGGAAGUGACAGGUACAUGUCACCUGAACAGUAUGACUCAGCCGGAGCCGGAUACUCGCCUGCCCAGGCAGACAUUUGGGCCAUUGGCAUUUGUUUGCUCAAUAUUCUCUUCUCACGGAACCCUUUCAACACCCCAACCGAGGAUGACCUCUUGUUUUUGGAUUUUUCACGUGACAAGCAGUCGCUUUUCGAUGUCUUUCCUACCAUGUCUCAAGACACUUACGAAGUCAUCGUUCAGUGCAUGAAUCUAGAUCCCCAGAAGCGAUCGUUGGUGGGCGCUAGGAAUGCCCUUCGCCGCGUUGUCAGCUUCACCACCCUCGAUGAGGCGCUUGAUGACUUCUGCACGGCCGAACGUUCCAGCGUUGCUACUGCUAACCGCGAGCCUCUGCGAACUCCCUCAAUCCAAAGCCCCCAGAUUGACCAGGGUGCCUUCCCGUGGGCUAAGGCCUUGCACGCAAACGCAUUCCAAGGUAUUCGCCAGCUUAGCGCUAUUCCCGAUGACGAGAGCUACACCGAGGACCUCUUUUCUAAAUCUGGUGGUACCACGGAUUGGAUGUCGGGCUCCGUUGAGACGCCCUCGAUCUCUUCCAUGCUAACAUCUAACAUGGCGGCAUCUAUGAACCCCCUUCAUAUUUCGCGACCUAUGGACAUGCCAACACGUGCACCUGCCAAGGUGUCUCUCAUGUCUGGAUCUUUGCCAAUUACCAUGUCUAAGCCUAGACCGACUCUCAGCGCUAUGUCCAUGGUGUUCGGUCGCCAGAAGGAAGCCGUGUCGAAGAGUUGGAGCGACAUGUGGGAUGAGGAUUUCGAGGAAGAUGAGGAGGAACGUGUCCGCCAGAUACAGGCGCUCAAGGAGCUCAAUUCGAGGACCUGGAGUCAGGAGAGCAAGGAGGCUACCCGCACUCCCAAGCAGGAUCAGGCAUCCUUGCACCAGACGCCAGCGUCUGAUAAUGAGAAGCCCGAGGCUUCGCCUGUGAAUGAUACAAUUUCAAAUGAUAUCGACGGGGAUUUGGUUGCGGAUGGAUUUUUCUUUCAUGAACCCGUUGCUGUUGAGCAGCCCGAGGAUUUCCCGCCUCGUUACUCGCCACCGUCGAAGCGUAGUCACCUCGACAAGUGGGAGGCGCUUGGGGAACGCCGUAGAGCUGCGACAGGAGCAUCGGAACCUAAGUCGCCGGACUUCUCAACGAAGUCACGACGACAGUUCGGAUUCGGCCUUAAUAAUUUGCAAGGAGUAGGGAUGGGAUUUGUGGAUCACGUCAAUCAACAGCACGCCACCACCAACAAUAUCAAUCACAAGUGGAAUCGGGAUAUUCGGUCCAUAUCACGCGAGUGCCCAUGGAACAAGGGCCGAGAUUGGAAUUGGCGAAAGGAGAGACGCCAUGAUCUCGGCGACAUGGAGUGGGUUGGCCACUGGCAGGAAGCUCACUGAGCUCGU